CCGAGAACGAUGGAUUUCUAUUCGAGUGAUGUACUUUACCGCUUUUCUGGUAUAUGUUGGACUCGGGAUUGCAGCUACUUGUUUGUGGCCCUACCUAAAUACAGUGAGAAAAGUGUUAAAAUUUAGUUAAAAUUUCAAAAUGGUUGCAAAAUAAAUGUUCCAGGUGGAUCCAGAUGCUGGGAAGCUAUUCUUGACGCAUCUAUUUUCAAUUACCUCUGUAUUGCAGUUUGUGGGUAGUCCAUUAUUCGGUUGGUGGAGUAAUAAACUACAAUCAGUAAGGAUGUUAAUUAUACCAUUUGUGGCGGCUUUCAUUGUUGGUCAAAUACUUUACGCCUUGGCCGAAGAGUUUCCGGUUCAUCAAAAAUAUGUGAUCUUACUAUCAAGAGUGCUGGUUGGAAUAUCCAUGGUAUCGUGUUCAAUCUAUCGAUCCUACAUCUCGGCAGCCACCACGGUUGCUGAAAGAACACGAACAACCUCGUACCUAUCGUUAGCUCAUACCGCUGGAUUGUUGUGUGCAUCGAUAUUGCAGCCACUUUUUUCAUCAUUUGGCGAAGAAGGCUUCCGUAUUCCCGGUUUGUUUCGUAUAAACAUGCAUACGGUUGUAGGAUGGUUUUGUGCACUCUUGGGAGUCAUCAAUUUGAUACUAAUGUUACCAUGCAUCUUCAAAGAUCAUAACAUAGCGGUGAAAGAAGCGGCACAUGACCAAAAUGGUGCUGCCACUAGGAAUCGUUGUAGAUCCAUUGAGGUUCAGGGUUUACCGAUAAUCUUGAUGUGUACAGCUUUCGCGUUAUUUAUGUUCAUUUUUUCGACAUUUCAAACGUAAGUAAAAAAAACAUGAAAUCUCGUUUUUAUAUCAUUUUGUUUCUCAAGCUGUCGAUUAAUAUAUCUAUCAAUAUCGGACAUAAUAAUUUGUCGAAGGUAACCAUCAAUUAGUAAAUUUAGUCGCAAUUCCCUUGAGAUAUGUAUGAAUGCACUCGAUGGAAAAAUUAAAAAUAUUCACGGUAAUACGGAAAAGAUUCAUUAACGUUGAUUCGUUUCGAAUUAAGUACCAAUAAUGCUCCCAUGUG